AUACUCUUUGACAAUUGGCAAAUGGUAUUUUUUCUGCACCUACAUGUUACAAUUUGUUUUAUUAAAAUAUUGUGCUGAACGUGAAAUAAUUAGCGAAUGUUUCGAUUGAUCCCAUUGCAUUUACAUUCCUUGUCAGCAGGCAAUUUAUAGCAUUGGAUAAUAUUAAUUUCUAUGAACUCAAAAAGCGAAACUGACGAAGCUUCAAGGGGGAGCGAAGCAUCAUCGUCAAAUAAUAACUCAACCCCAAACAACAUUGUCGAGGAACAAUCUCAGUCAGUUUUAUGCGUGAAUCCAGCAUCUGGUGGUAGUCAAGACAUCAUGAAGCGUGCAGCUAAGGAGUUGAUUGAGAGAUAUUUCUAUCAGCUACUGGAGGGCUGCGGGAAUCCAAACUGUGAUAAUGAAUAUUGUGCAUCAAGUCAAAAGGCUAAAAAGCUAACAGCCAAUGAAGCUGCUGCAGUAGCUAUAAAAUUAGCAGAGAAAAAGGAAGCUCUCCUUUGUGACAGACAUCCAAAUAAAGUUCCUCGAACUGAAACAAACAACUGUGAUUCAAAUUCCAGCACAUGUGACACAUCAAAUAAAAAAGUUAAAAACACCAGCAGUAACCAAAAAACAGACUUAUCAGACAGCAAAGUGCAAGAAGACAGUCAAGGUAAAGAAACAGCAAAUGAAUCUAGUCCAAUAAUUAUACAACAAACUGAAUAUAAAUACAUUACAAGUACUAGUAAGUGUCUUGACUUAAUAUUUGGUUGUAACAAGAAUAGUGUAUGCAAUAAAGAAUCAAAAGCAAUGUGUUCAUCAAGUGAUCCAGACAAAGAUAUAGACUGUGUGAUAGGACCUGAGUUUGAUGCGGCCUCGUGUCAUAGAGCAUUCCGAUAUCUUGCCAAAGUGCCAUCAAAAUAUUACAAUUCAAUGCUAGUUUCUGCAUUGGAAACGUUAGCUUUACAUCUGAAGAUAGAUUUAGAGAUCAGUAAGAAGUUUUCAAUGGAGGAUGUUGUGACUUGCUUAGUAAUAGCUUUUGAGAUACCAGAUAUCGGCUGCAGUGAUUACCUGGAGGUGGCCCUACCCACACUUUGCCAUGCUAUUGAAUAUUUACCACUCAAAGCACAUGCUCGACUCGCACGUCUCUGGUCUGAGUACUGCAAGGAGAGCUUGCGCCACAUCCUGGAGGCGCUGCAGCAGCUCAUCACCCUCAGGGUGGUCUCCACUAACUACUCCAGAAUCUACCAAGUGCAGGAUGAUGAAUGUGUUACAAAAGCUACUAAGCUUAUGAAGAUAGUGUACUACGCGAACAUGGCGGCGGGCGAGGUGCAGCAGAACCCGCAGCCGGAGGAGCCGGUGGUGAUCGCCAGCCAGCUGGACCCGCUGGGCGACGCGCUGCACGACCUGCUGCCGCUCUCCGCCAUCAAGACCUCCAAGCACGCGCUGCCCGAGGACCCCCUGGCGGCUUACCUGAAAAUAAACUCGUUAGACGUGAGGAAGCCGUACCUGCCGUACGAGGAGUUCUACAACGAGCCCCUCAGCGACAAUAUCGAGAUGGACAUUGACUUCGCCAGCUAUAAAACUGAUGUUAAUAGCGCAACAAAGUUCGCGUUCCUGAACUACCCGUUCAUAUUGACGGCUGCGACGAAGUCCCUGGGCCUGUACUACGAGAACCGUAUCCGCAUGUACUCGGAGCGGCGCGUGUCGCUGCUGCACGCGGUGGUGGGCGCCGCGCCGCCCAUGCCCUUCCUGCGCCUGCGCGUGCGCCGCUCACACAUCAUCGCGGACGCGCUCGUCGAGCUGGAAAUGAUAGCGAUGGAGCGAGCGCUGGAUCUAAAGAAGCAGCUGAUGGUGGAGUUCGAGGGUGAGCAGGGUGUGGACGAGGGAGGUGUCAGCAAGGAGUUCUUCCAGCUCAUCGUCGAAGAGAUAUUCAACCCCGACUACGGCAUGUUCACGCAGCAACCGGACUCGCAUACUGUUUGGUUCAACCCGACGUCGUUCGAGACGGAGGCGCAGUUCACUUUGAUCGGCAUCGUGCUGGGGCUGGCGAUAUACAACAACAUCAUCCUGGCGGUCAACUUCCCCAUGGUGGUGUACCGCAAGCUGAUGGGCAGGAAGGGCGCAUUCGAGGACCUCGCCGACUGGAACCCUAGUUUGUAUAACGGUUUAAAAGAUAUGUUAGAUUAUAGCGGCGAUGAUUUAGAGGAAGUGUACUACCAGACUUUCAGGAUAUGCUACAAAGAUGUCUUCGGAAAUAAUAUAUUCCAUGAUCUCAAAGACGAAGGGGACAGUCUCUUUGUUACGCAAGCCAAUAAAAGGGAGUUUGUGGACAUGUACGCGGACUUCCUGCUGAACAAGUCUGUGGAGACGCAGUUCCGCGCGUUCCGGCGCGGCUUCGUCAUGGUGACGGACGAGAGCCCGCUCAGCGCGCUCUUCCGCCCCGAGGAGAUCGAGACCCUCGUCUGCGGCAGCAAGAAUUUCGACUUCAACGAGUUGGAGAAGUCAACCGAGUACGACGGCGGGUACACAUCGGAUUCACGUAUUAUAAAAGACUUCUGGUGCAUCGUGCACAAGCUGUGCAUCACAGAGAAGCGGAAGCUGCUGCAGUUCACGACCGGCUCCGACCGCGUGCCGGUAGGCGGGCUCAGCUACCUCAAGCUGGUGAUAGCUCGCAACGGGCCCGACUCCGACCGGCUGCCGACCGCGCACACCUGCUUCAACGUGCUGCUGCUGCCCGAGUACCGCUCGCGGGACAAGCUGCGCGACAGACUUAUGAAGGCCAUCUCAUACUCAAAGGGAUUCGGAAUGCUCUAAACACUACAUAAGAUCCGAAAGUUCAAACAAAAUCGGUGUCGCACCUCCAUACAUUACAUAUAGGCAGAUUAAAUCUAGUGUGCGGAGGUAUACGAAUAAUGUUAUCGCUUAUUAAGUUACAGACCGGAAGAGCAGAACAGAUUUUUUUAUCGCAAAUAGAACGCUAUAAUUCGGUUUUUUAACGCGCGUAAAAAACGUUCAAACAGAACCAAUUUAUUUCUACUUAUAUCUUAGCAUUUUUAAAUUCGACGUUUUUUUUAUGGAACAGUUUUGUAUUUUAAAUGCAAACAAGAGCGAUUUUAAAGCGUUCCUAUAAGCGUAAGCGUUAAAAAAACGCGGGUGCGGAUCUUAGGUCAUGCGAUAGAAACAGGGUUUUAUUUUAUUUUUCACGUCUGUUGCUCUUAAUAAAGUAAAAUAAAACCUUAUUUCUAUCGUGUUAAGCCAUUUGAAAUAAAAAAAAGUCUGCUCUGCUGUUCUGAUCUGUGAACAGACUAAGACCCAUUCGGUACGCGCGGUGUUCACGCGUGCUUGUUAAGGUCACUGCCCACUGUAAUAAGCGAUAAUAUUAAAUGUGUAACUUUACAUUAGAUAAACUGAAGCGUGUUAAAAGUGCGAGGACCUUUAAUCAGUUAAGUCCUACCAUCGAUGGCUCUGUAACGUGAAUAAUAAACGUUUGUUGUAUUUAUACGAA